UCAAAUGAAUUCUUCUCACAGUUACGACGAAACAGAAUAUGAAAUCGAGACAGCCAAGCGGCAUUGCACUGGCGCGAAGUCCGUUGAUGGCUGUAAUUUGAAUCCUCGAGUUACUCAUCUUCUUAAGAGAGCGAAUCGUUUACAUCAUAAGCUAAAGAAACUUCAAAUGUGCCAGCUGUCGAGACAGGUAUCUGCUAGCUUGCAACUGCAGUCCCAGAAGAAAGAAAACAGGGAAUUUGACAGAUGGAUAGAAAAUGGCGCGUCUCUUCAAAUCGACUUCGAUUCGGAUGCAACGGACAGUGACUGUAGCAGUGAGUGCCUCAGUGAUUCUGACUUCGUAUUAAGCGACCUGAGGGCAAAUGCUUUGAAGGCUGCUGAUUCUGUUGCCAACGGUAUGCAAAAUGGAGUGAGGAACGACGAAAGAAGUGCUGAAAAAGAGAAAGUCGAGAAAGUGUUUGCUGAGAAGACAGGCAAUGUUUGGGCCAAAUGGCAAUGGCUCCUCUUUCAGGUGCAUAGCCUCGAGUUCAAGAUAUUACAAACUAAUGAGCUGCUACGUCGUAUCCGCAAAGAGGAGCCGAGAGCUGAAGUGGAGCAGCCGCCUCUGCUUCUGUCGCCAGACGGGACCACAGAUCGCACUGAGAGCGCUGCCAGAGUGCGGGCUGUUGUUGGGGUGAAACGCAAACGAAUGGGAUGCACUCUUAGCAUUACUGCACAGUCUCACAAUACACUGCAACCUGUCCCAGUUCCCUGUGCGUGUGCGCCCAACACAUGUUGCAUUGUGUGUGGAGGCCCUGGUACUUUGUACGUGGCUGAGCCGGACAGAAGUCUACAUACUGUGGAUGAAAGAGUAGCUAUGUUGUUCCCACGACAACAUCACGUGUUGGGAAGGGGCAAAAGACCGCUGUCCGCGCAAUAUGGCAGACUCAUCAAAGACAAGAAAUGCUCGAGUUUUCAUACAACUCAAAGUAUCCAAAAUUCUCUUCAUAAUCAAAACGCCGCCAAGAAAAAUAUGCAACAGCCGCACAACCAGAAAGUAUCUGAUAAAUAUUGCUUGGGUGGAGUAAAAAUUGGCGAAAAGGGUAAGAGUUCUGAGUUAGUGACUGGAAAAGAGAAAGCUAAAGUAAAGACGCCAACAGGAGGAAGUAGCAACCAUCUGCAGAUGUUGCUUCAGUCGAAGAAAAGGAGCAGACAGGCAAUGAAAAAUAAAAGCAGUGGUUUUAAAAAGGAACACAAUGUCAAGUCUAACGAGAAGCCAGACGCAAGUGGUGUUAGCUGUGUGGAAGUUAAGAAAUCGGCUGCUAAUGGCCAAGUGACAGCAGCAGCCGAAUGGGGAUUGAGUGAGAAUGAAAAAGACAGGCCCUACAUGCCAGACCUAAGUGAGUCAUCAUCCUCAUCUGGCUCAGAAUCCGAUUCCAGCUCAGAAAACGAAGCCAGUGGAGCCAGGACUUGGAACCCUUCGCCUUCCAAGGUACAAAAAUUACAACAACAGCAAAAUAAGAAGCAGUUCAAGCAAAAAGAUAAGGAAAGAGUCAAAGAACGAAAAGGAUCCGGGACAAGUAUUGAGUCAGGCAAUUCAGAAAGAAAAGUUGUCGCGGCAAUUGCGACGUCACAAUUAAGCAAACAAUCGACGUGCUCGAGCUCAGAGACACCUUCGAUGUCAUCGGCAAAGAAGACCUCGGGACAAACGGGAUCAGUGAACUGCGACUCCUCGGAUGCACGAGAAGAAAUUGUGAUUCCUUUGUCGAACUCGCUUCCUCUUUUCGAACCGGUGAUGUACAAGACGAUCGAGACUCCGCAGUGGAGGACUAAGUGGUUUGAACCCCUGCCUCAGAAAAUGGCGGGGCUAGAAGACAUGAGUGCUCCACACUACGCUCAGAUGCAUUCCAGGUACGAACAAGAAGAAAGGGUGAAGAUAGCUGGUCUGCAGCAGAGCAAAGCGAACAACGCUGAUCAACCUUCGUCUUCCUCUGCAGUCGUGCUCGGAACAUUCAGCUCUGCUGCGAGAAGAGGAGGAGGAGGAGAUAAGGACAACAGAAGGGAGGAAGAGGAGGAGUUUUCGAGUUUUGAGAGGAGAGAUUUUCCCCUGACUCAGAGGCAGCUGUUGGAUGUGAACAAGACCAUGAACACCAGACACAGCCAAGACUUCUUCGAAGUGUUAUGAAAGCAAGACCUGGAGACAACCAAUUGGUACCUAAAAGAAUGGACUCAUCCGGCAGAUUGGCUGUGUUGUUAUGUCAUUUAAAACACCAGGAAUGACAGGAAGCGAAUGUUUGAAUGUCGGAAUGGAAGGAAUAAUGAAGAGUAAAUGAAAGGAGAACAACUAUCUUUUUAUCUUUUUAAUCAUUAUGCGCGUGGCUUUUCAGCUUGAUUGUAAACGUGAUGAGGUUUUCAGGUGAAUUCAUUUGUCCUGCUCUU